AACGAAUUAUACUGAACUCUGGUGAAGGAAAGUUAAGAAUCACCAGAGCAGAAUGAAACGGAGUGUGUGUUUGGGUGUUGGUGCUCUGCUCCUUGCACUCUACUUUUUCCACUUCGUGGUGACUGUCACAUUGGACUCUGUUCUUGCCAAGUUAUGGGCAGCUUCAGUUGUUGGUGUAUGCCUAGUGACAGGAACAUUGGCUUUAGACUUCUAUAGAAAGGACAUUGAUGACUCAAAGUUCUACACCAUGAGGAGCAAGCUAGAACACUAUGUUGCCAACAUUGGCCUUGCUAUGGUUGGCCGGUAUCAACGGUGGAAAUUGGAUAAAGAUACCAAAAGUAUUGAAGCAGUACAAAAUGAAAUUCUUUUCCAAAGGCUGAGAAAAAAUGCGGAUACAGAAUAUGGGAUCAAGUACAAAUUUUCUGAGAUAAAAACCAGGGAAGAUUUUGUGAAUAUUCACCCUCUUACACGGAUCAGCCAUUAUGAGGAUUACAUACAGAGAAUGAUGUCAGGAGAGGAUAAUAUCUUGACGUCCUCGCCACCAAUUGUCUUUGCUGUUACCUCAGGAACCUCAGGGAAAAGCAGUGUAUUGCCUAUGAUUAAAGAUCAAAGAGUAUCAUUUUUCUUGCAUGGAGUAUCUGUAGCAUUGCAUAGUAUGAUCAAAGCUUAUCCAGGUACGAAAUCACUUCAGAAAAGUCUCAAACUUUUCUACACUCCCAAAUGGAGACAAUCACCAUCAGGGAUACCUAUUGGCCCCAAUUCCUCUUCUCCGUCAAAUUCCAAGUCAAUGCUAAGCAUAUACUCCACCCCAAUUGCCGGGUACGAAAUUCUCAGUGAGCCUGAGGCAUUGUAUGUUCAUUUGCUGUUUGCCUUAAAAGAUCGCAAUAUUGGAAUCAUAGAGGCUAAUUUCUCCUCCAUUGUGUACAAUUCGUUCCAUGCCUUGGAGUGUCAUUGGCAGAACCUCACAGAUGACAUUGAGAAAGGUCGCAUUAGUGCAUCCCUUAAAAUCGAUGAUAAGAUCAGAUUUGAAUUGGAGAAAUUAUUAUCACCAGACCAGAAAAGAGCAGAUGAGAUCAGGGCAUCCUUCAAAGAUGGCCGCAUUGGUUUGGUGAAAAGGUUAUGGCCAAAUUGUAACGUUGUGUUAGGGGCAGAUACAGGUACAUUUGCCCUCCAAGGAGACAUGCUGAGGGAAACCUUUUGUAAAGGGGUCCCCCUCUACUCCCCUCUGUAUGCAGCAUCUGAAGGGCUUUUAGGGAUCAACAUCUGGCCCCAUGAAAGACCUAGUCAGUACCUGUUGUCCCCACGUUCAAUGUUCUUUGAAUUCAUUCCUGUGGAGAAAAGUGAUGAAAAUCAACCAGAGACUUAUUUCAUAGACCAGGUAGAGAAGGGACAGGAAUACGAACUAGUCAUCACUACAGCCUCUGGUCUGUUGAGAUACAGAUUUGGUGAUGUUGUCAAAGUGGUGGACUUCUACAACCAGUGUCCCAUCAUUGAAUUUAUGUACAGACAGGGCCAGCUGUUAAAUGUGAGAGGAGAGAAGACAUCAGAAGUGUCAUUUUUCAAAGCUCUGUCUGAGGGUGUAGCACACUGGUCUGGGGCUAAGUUGGUGGACUACUGCUGUGCUGAGAGUGUGCUGGUAGAGCCAGAGGAUCCAAAGAACAAAGAGAGUUAUGUGCCAUUUUACCAUGUAUUUGUUGAACUGGAAGUAGAAAAUCCGAACUUUGUCUUGUCAAAGGAUCAAAUGGACCUUGUCGAGGAGUCGUUAUGUAAGCAGUCUUAUGUAUACCAGUCAUUCAGGAAGAAAGGCAGUAUUCGUCCAAUGAGAAUUCACAUUGUUAGCCCUGGUACAUUCCAAAAGCUCAGGGAAUUCACCAUAGCAACGACCUCUGCUUCCUCCAAUCAGUACAAAGCUCCCCGUGUCCUGAAGAAGAAGGAUGCUGUGGAGGUGGUGAUGAAAAAUGUGGUUAAAGAGGACUCCAAUUAACUUGCCAGUGUCUGACCAACUUCAAAACAUGAUUAAAUCAUGGCUUUUGAUAUCUAUACAUUCUUUCAAUAUACUCUUAUUCAUAUAAGCUUCUCUCAUUUUAAGAAGCCAAAAUAUUCCUAUAUUUAUAAAUUUCAUAUUAAUUCAUGUAUACAUAUUGUGAAUCUUCAAAACAUGUUAUACCAUAAAGUAUUUUGAUAUCCUUGUCAUAGAUAUUUGCUAUUUGAUACUGAGCAUUAAGGUCUGGAGUUCUUUAUAGGUCAUGUAGUAUUACACUAAUGAAGUUAGACAUAAGAUUUGUGGAUUUGAAUUGAUUUUACUGCAUACCUAGAUGUCCUUCAGAUCGUGUGGUUUGUUCAUAUCUGGCAUAACUGUGUCAUUAUUUGUUGUGUAUACUCUAGAUCUUCACUUGGUGCUUUCAACUCGGCUUGUAAUCAAAUAAUAAAUACCAUUAUUUUCCUUCUUGUAAAGUCAGAGCACAUCUUGUUCUUCCAGUGUGGUUUUUCUCUCAUUGAUUUUGGUAAAAUGGGACUAUUUUUCUGAUCACAUGACUUUUCAAAAACUUGAAACACUCUCUGUAUACAAAAAAGUGGUGUCAGAACUUCCAUUUAAAGUGUCACCCUAGUAAAGUACUGGCCUCUUCCUACCGACUAGGCUAGGGAGAAUUUCUCUUUAGCUCAUUCAGGACACCGUAAGACUAGUAAACCAGAGGUCCUGAGUUCCACUCCUGGCGGAGGCAUUGACAAAAUAAUGACUUCUGUUACAAUAGAUUGCAGGGUGUUUAACUAACCGUAUUAAGACUUAUAAGUGUACCCCCACCACUUAAUUAAAACCUGUAUAAAGAUUGUAUACUUCACUAAUCUGCCAAUAUCUUCAGUCUUUUGGCCUAUGACUUUGUGCCUUUCAGCAUUACAAGGCAAUAUAAG